AUGAAGGAAUCAGAGACUAUCAAAGAAUACUCCGAUAGACUUCUGAGCAUUGUAAAUCAGGUAAGAUUGCUUGGCAAAGAGUUUUCUGAUUCUAGGAUUGUUCAAAAGAUUUUGGUUACUAUUCCAAAAAGAUUUGAAUCCACGAUUUAUUUGUUGGAAAACUCUAAGGAUGUGUCAAGCAUUACGUUGGCAGAAUUAUUAAAUGCUUUGCAAGCUCAAGAGCAACGAAGGCUGAUGAGACUUGAAGGCACCGUUGAAGGAGCUAUUGCUGCAAAGUUGCACAUCAGCCACAAUAAUAAGGGGAAGAAGAGAAAUGAAAAGAAGAGUGUAGAAGAUCAAGCUUACAGCAAGGGAGAAGGAAGUGAUCAGUAA